AUGAAUUUAAUCGCCAUCAUCGGAUUAGCAAUUCUCACUCUCCUCCUUCUACUCUAUUUAGUGAUGAGAAAUUAUGAAGCCAAAGUCAUUGGUAAAGUUCAAGUCGUUGGUUUGAAAACAAACACUCACCAUCCUUCUCAUCAUGAAACACAAGAGGAUCAUCAUGCAGAAGAGAGAGAACUGAACGGAGGAGGAGUCCUCCGGCCCACCCAUCAUGAUGAUGAUCAUAAUGACACUCACCAACCGCUAUUAUUGAAAAAGAAGAAGAUUACUUUUCAAACACCCGAUCCUGUUCCCGUUAGCGAAUUGGCCCAUUACAAUGCUCUUUGGUGUUUACUCGUGAAUAUCUUUCGGUACAAUCAAGCCUCAGUACAAACCUAUGAACGAGCCUUUGCUCUUCAACACUUUCGUCCACAUUUUGGUUUCGUUGGCAAGAUUCCAGUGGUCAUAUUUGCCACACCGAGUGCUGCCCGAGUGUUUGUAACGAAAUGGAAAGAGGUUGCAAAGGACAAUACAUUGGUCUUUACGGAAGAUAUGCACAAGUUCUUUGGAGUGAAUGUGGUAUUCUCAAAUGGUGAUGAGUGGAAGAGACAGAGAAAAGUUCUUGACCCUUCAUUCUAUAAUAUUGAACGAUUUACUCAGACAUUUGUUGAGAAUGCACAAAAAACCAUGUCCUUAUUGAACAAGUUGUUCCAAGAUAAGGGAAUUCAGGAAAUUGAAAUUUCUCCUUCUGAUGUGACUGCAAGAAUGGCACUUGAUGUGUUGGGAUUAACAAUAUUUGGAGAAGAUUUUGAUUACUUGUCACAAUUAGUUCCCAAUCACAAAUCUGCAUCAAAUGAAUCAAACAAAAAAGCACUCGAUGCCUAUCAUUAUGUCAUGAACAAUAUUGGAAAUGCAGCGAGAUUAUUUAUUGGCAAGCCAUACACGUCCUUACCUUUGGAAAGCAAUGUGAAAAUGGAUGAAUCCAUUGAAGUGUUUCAACGAUUUUUAGAUUCUAUUAUUGAGAAGUGUCGAAAACAAAAAGAUGACAAGAACACACUUCUUCAUUCCAUGAUUGAAGCUGUUGACGAUGAAGGUACUGGAAUGACCAAUCAAGAAUUGAAAAAUCAAUGUGCCAUCUUUUUCUUGGCAGGUCAUGAGACCACAGCUAGUGCAUUAGCAUUCUUAUUUUACUCUCUUGCCAAGAACCCUCAAGUUCAAGAAAAACUCUAUGAAGAAAUUGUGAGCACUUUCUCAUCAGGAGAGGACAUUUCGAAUUACAACAAGCUACAAAAUAUGACAUAUUUAGAUUGUGUUUUGAAAGAGAAUAUGAGAUUGUAUCCUCCUAUCAGUCAACUUCCGCCAAGAAUUUUAACUUCGUCGCAAGUGAUUGAUGGAUACAAAAUUCCAAAGGAUUUUUUGGCAAUUUUGAACAUUUAUGCCCUUCACAGACAUCCUGAUGUGUGGGGAAAAGAUGCAGAAGAAUUCAAACCAGAGCGAUUUUUGGAGAAUUCAUAUCCUCCAUUCUCGUAUCUGCCAUUCUCGGCUGGACCAAGAGUGUGCUUGGGCAAACAAUUUUCAUUGAUUGAGCAAAAAACGUUCACCAUUGCCCUUCUUCAACAAUUUAAGGUUGAGCUACUGUACCCAAGUCAAAGCAUGCAUUUCAAUAAGAAAUUGCCAAAUCUUGCUCCUGAGGAAGGUUUCAAGUUGAGACUAGCGAGAAGAAAAGGUGAUCUGUAA